AUGCAUGUACAAGUGGGAACUGCAGUAACAGCGCUUGCCAACCUCAUUGCCCAAGUUAAACACCAUUCUGGGCCUGAUUUGGACAACAAAGAAGAGGCCCAGGGCAUGGACCAGCAGUUAAAGGAUGCAAAAAGUCAAGACAAGGCCUUUAUCCGGGACAUUCAGGAUAAAUAUUGCGCGGAUAACCUUGAUAACGCAUGGACUGAAUAUUACAAUUUGCUUGUCUGUGGCAGCCUGCUGUACAAGGUGGCUAAAGAGUACAGGAACACCAACAUUGGGAUCCUCAACAACAUCAAAAGUCACAAGCUAUACAAGGCUGCGCUGAAAGAGACAGGUUUCCAGAACCGUGUUGAACCUGUGGAGAAAAAACCUUGGGAUGUCAGCAAAAUCUUUAACCGUAUCACACAGCAGUCACAAAGAAAGGGCAAGAAGGAAGGCAAAAAGGCUUUGAAAGAGGCAAAAUCCAAGACAGAAUUGGUUCAAGUGGGCGACAAAGAUAUUGCGUUGGACUAUCUGAAUAAACCGUCUCUUCUUAUUGCUGAUGCAUCCAAGGUUGCAUCAUCUUUGGUGCCAUUGAACGCAUCAGUGCUGGGUAGAAAUCCAGGCAAUGAAAUCAAGUCUUGCACUGCACGUUUGGGUUUGCCACAAUCAGAAACAGCUUUGGUUAACUUGGAAAACCAAAUUGCAGAGUUGAGCCGUGAUGAAGAUGAUGAUCAAGAUGAGGUUACAACAAGCUACAGGGAAAUGCGGCAGUAUAAACAGGUAAACCUAUGUGGGAGAGACCUCAACCAAGAGGUUGUUUCUAUUACCAAGGGCUCUCCAGAGGAGCAAGAUACGUCCAAACCAAUUCAAGAAUGGAGGGAUCAAACUGACUCUGAGCAACUUACCAUUGCCUCAGCCUAUGAUGUUUGCCGCUAUCUCAUGAUGCUUGCACUUGAUCCAAUACUUCUUGACAAAGAGAUCAAGGAUCAAAUUAUUAAGGACAGUGGUAAAAUUUACUGCCAGAAAUUCAUUGAAGACACAUGUGUGGAAAUAUCAUACAAAUUGGGCCAAACUAAUCCAUCAGAUGAAGCAUGA